CUCGGGUUCCGGACAGGCCCCUUGUGACGUGGCCGCGCGCCGGGGGCGGCCCCGGGCCGGGGGCCGGGCGGCCGGGCAGCCGGGCGGGGCAGAGCCUGGGCGGGGCACGGCACCGCAGCUGGAUGGCCGGGGCCGCCCGGAGCGCCGCCGCCGCAGCCGCACGUACGUGGCAUGCCUGGAUGUCCCUGCCCUGGCUGUGGCAUGGCGGGCCCAAGGCUCCUCUUCCUCACCGCCCUGGCCCUGGAGCUCUUGGGAAGGGCUGGGGGUUCCCAGCCAGCCCUCCGGAGCCGGGGGACUGCGACGGCCUGCCGCCUGGACAACAAGGAAAGCGAGUCCUGGGGGGCUCUGCUGAGCGGAGAGCGGCUGGACACCUGGAUCUGCUCCCUCCUGGGUUCCCUCAUGGUGGGGCUCAGUGGGGUCUUCCCGUUGCUCGUCAUUCCCCUAGAGAUGGGGACCAUGCUGCGCUCAGAAGCUGGGGCCUGGCGCCUGAAGCAGCUGCUCAGCUUCGCCCUGGGGGGACUCUUGGGCAAUGUGUUUCUGCACCUGCUGCCCGAAGCCUGGGCCUACACAUGCAGCGCCAGCCCUGGUGGUGAGGGGCAGAGCCUGCAGCAGCAGCAGCAGCUGGGGCUAUGGGUCAUUGCUGGCAUCCUGACCUUCCUGGCGUUGGAGAAGAUGUUCCUGGACAGCAAGGCGGAGGGGACCAGCCAGGCCCCCAACAAAGACCCCACUGCUGCUGCCGCUGCGCUCAAUGGAGGCCACUGUCUGGCCCAGCCAGCCGCAGAGCCCGGCCUCGGUGCCGUGGUCCGGAGCAUCAAAGUCAGCGGCUACCUCAACCUGCUGGCCAACACCAUCGACAACUUCACCCAUGGGCUGGCUGUGGCUGCCAGCUUCCUUGUGAGCAGGAAGAUCGGGCUCCUGACAACCAUGGCCAUCCUCCUGCAUGAGAUCCCCCAUGAGGUGGGCGACUUUGCCAUCCUGCUCCGGGCUGGCUUUGACCGAUGGAGCGCAGCCAAGCUGCAACUCUCGACAGCGCUGGGGGGCCUGCUGGGCGCCGGCUUUGCCAUCUGUACCCAGUCCCCCAAGGGAGUAGAGGAGACGGCAGCCUGGGUCCUGCCCUUCACCUCUGGAGGCUUUCUCUACAUCGCCUUGGUGAACGUGCUCCCUGACCUCUUGGAAGAAGAGGACCCAUGGCGCUCCCUGCAGCAGCUGCUUCUGCUCUGUGCGGGCAUCGUGGUGAUGGUGCUGUUCUCGAUCUUCGUGGAUUAACCUUCCCUGAUGCCCUGACGCCCCUGCCCCCUGCAGCAAUAAGAUGCUCGGAUUCACUCUGUGACUGCAUAUGUGAGAGGCAGAGAGGGCGAGUGCCUGCGAGAGAGAAUGAGCCUCCCACCAGACAGGAGCGAGAUGUGCGUGGAUGUGUGUGAUGUGCACAUUGGCCAGAGGCAUGUGUGCGAGACCGACACUGUGAUCCCUGUGCUGGGUCCGGGGCCCAGUGUAGCGCCUGUCCCCAGCCACGCUGUGGUUACCUCUCCUUGCCACCCUGUCAUCUUGCACCUCCCGGAGUGAGCAGCGAGGAACAGCAGCACUGGUCCCAAGCAGACGCCUUGCCCUGCCGGGACCCCGGGAGUGAGAGCAGCCCAAGGAUCCCAGGGUGCAGGGAACUCUGGAGCUGCCCACCUCCUGCUGCCCCCUCUGCACACGCAGCCAGUCCCCAGGCGGCCUAGGGGCUAAGGCUGGGGCGGCUUCUCUCCCUUUUCCUGGCCCUUCCUUUCCCACCUCUAAACCAAAGAAAGGAGAGGCAGGUGCUCGUGUACCCCAGCCCUACUCAGCACUGACAGUCCCCAGCUCCUAGCAGUGAGCUGGGAGGCGCUCCCUAAGACCCUUUCCUCAGGGCUGCCCGCCCUGGGAGCUCAUUCCUGGUCAACACACCCUGGCAGCACCAGCAGCUCAUGCCACCUCCAGCUGCCAAACAGCAGCCUGCUGGGCAGGGAGCAGCCGCAGGCCAGAGAGGCCUCCUGGUCCAGCUCAGGGACGCUCCUGCCAGCACGGGGGCCAGGGACUCCUGGAGCAGGCACAGUGUGAGCGCAGGCUGCUCUCCCCAGCUCAGGCCCCUUUCCUUCCCCACUGGGGUUGGGGUAGGUGGGGGCGGUGAGGGCUCCGAGUUGUCAGCGCUCAGGAAUGUGCUCCGGGAGAGUGCUGAAGCCAUAAUCCCCAAGCAUUUCCCUUGGCUGACGCCCAGGUACUCAGCUGGCCCACUGCACAGCCAGGACUGGCCCUGCCCUUGACCGUGGAUGUUUUCAGAAGUGGCCAUCGAGAGGUCUGGGUGGUUUUAUAGCAACUUUGCUGUGAUUCCGUUUGUAUCUGUAAAUAUUUGUUCUAUAGAUGAUACAAAUAAAUAUUAUCCACA